AUGGUACAAGCGAUUGCUCAUUACGGCCCAAGCCUAUAUCUUCCAUCUUUUGGAGCCAGUCUUGGACUGUCCGCUUCAGAAGCGGCUAUGCUUGCCAGUCUUUUGAAUCUCGCACAGGCUAUUGGUCAACCUUUGCAAGGAUGGCUUGCUGACUGGCGCAAAUCCUACUACAUCCCCAUGCUCAUCAGCACCAUCGGCGCAAGCCUCGAGGCUCUCCUGAUCUGGGGCUUUGCUCGCUCUCUCUGGUCGUUGUCCAUUUUUGCGCUAGCGUUCGGCAGUACGGCAGGUGGAUUUGCUGUACUACGACCUCGCUUUGCAGCCGAGAUUGUAGGUGAUCAGGAUUCACAGGACAAUCAAAGUCUGUUUGUGUUUGCGAUAUUGACCGCAAGUCGUGGCUCUGCGAUCAUCGGCUCGGGCUUCAUCAUGAAGAUGUUUGUCCAUGAGGGUGGGUCGAACAAAGGGUGGGGAGGAGGUACGGCAUGGUCGGGCCUCGUGCUAUAUACUGGCGUCAUCAUGUUCGCUGCAAGUUUCGGCGCAGUGGGCAUGUUUGUGGGCCCGACGAGGCGGUAUGGAAGAAGUUCAGAAGAUCCAGCCCUUGAUGGAAUGUCAAGAUCAAAUGACAAUGAUAGUGCAGGCAGACUCGUUUGA